AUGUCUUCCCUCUGCGGUGGCGAUUCCCACCCUUCCUCCACCUUCAAGCCAUUUUCAAACAAUCAUAAUUAUAAAAAUGCGCCCUCCGCACAGGACCACGUCAUGGAGGAGCCGGAGACGGAAGACGCGUACCCAACCCAAGAAGGAUCCGACCCGAAGAAAUUCAGGAGGAUGGAGCCUGAGGAGGCUGACUCUGUUACUCAAAUAGCCACCACCGACAACUGUACGAAUGACCAGUCAGCGGUGACGAAGUCUCUGAAGAGGCUGAGGCUUGUUUGGACUCCGCAGCUCCGUAAGCAUUUUGUGGAUGUUGUGGCGCACUUAAGAUUGAAGAACGCGGUGCCGAAGACGAUUAUGCUGGAUGUUGAGGCACUGUUUACCAUAAAUGUUUCAACUCUUGCAGUGACUGUUUACGAUUUUACUUUGCUGAUAUUGUGGGAAAAAUACUCUGGAUCAAAGGGAUUGGCCAAAAGGGCUUCAUAUAUUUCCAUUCCUGCUGAUUUUUUUACUGGCAUGUCUUCUUUGAUAUCUGUUGAGAUUGAUAAUAAUCCAUUUUCUGCUUGGGAAAUCCCGGAAACCCUUGGAAAUGCUUCUACACUUCAGAAUUUUUUGGCUAAUCCCGCAAAUAUAUAUUACUGGAAAAAUUCCAGCAUUUUUAAAAGGUCCAGCUCCGCUUCAUGCCAUUAG